AUGCUAUGCAUUUUGCCAAGCUUGAUGUUCAAAGAAAUAAAAUGUUUCCACGAUCCAUAUUAUCCUCCUCAUGUCAAGACUCUAUCAGUGAUUCCUAGUCAAAAAGAUGAUUCAAUGUCAAUUCAUUGCUUUUGCUUGCUUCUGUUGGUGAAAAUAAAAGACAGACUGAAGUGGGUUUAUCCGACGAGCAAGAGCUCGAACAUUUGCAGUCCGAGCGUCCCGACUGUGAUUACUGGGGAGGAAAUCGCAGCCAAACCAACAAUGCUUAAGCAAAUCAAUGAGAUUAAAGACUUCCUCCUCACAGCCCGGAGGGGAAGGGAUGCACAUUCUGUGAAAAUCAAGAGAAGCAAAGAUAUGUUCAAAUUCAAGCAAUCACUUCCUCCAGGGUUUCAAUAUUGUUGGAUUUGGUUGUACCACGUGUAUUGUAAUUCACGAGAUCUGGACGAAUCAGUUUCUUCCUGGCAUGAUUCAGGUUUUUCUUGGACACUCAGAUCUGAAAGCAUAAUCAAAUCUGAAUGGUGA